AUGUCGUGCUGCAACAUCUCGCCCGAGACGGUAGUAGUAGAAAAUCUGAAGGACGGCGACUACGAGGACAAGGUAGCGUGGGACUCGCAGUACGUCAGGGUGGUCCUUGAGGACAGGGCGGCCCUAUUCCCAUACAAGGAAAGCUCACUGCUGAAGGAGUCACUUAAACAGAUGGUGCGGCAUCGCGGCGCCAGUAAGCGUUCGGACCCACUGGAUGCCACAUCACUUAAGGUCUGCGCCAAUAGCGCGUACGGUGCUGCUGACGAGUCUGAGGAGGGUUCACGCCGCUGUGUCUCCGAGGCACUCAGCUCUCUGCUGAAGGAAUUCGAGGAUACCCCCUUACAGGGACAAUGGAGAUGGAGAGCUACCACUCCAGAGGUAUACUGCUAG